CCUAGCUGUUGUUCCAACUGAGUUGAGCCCCGCACAGCGGAGCCGUCUACUGCUCGCGAUAAAUUAGAGCAAUAAAAUCCCGACGGACGGACAAACAUUCAAGAUCCCAGAGUCAACAAGGAGUCUUCUGGUUCUUCGAGGGUUCCCAGAUAAAACAUGUGACUGGUGACCUUCCUGUGCGUUUCUCAGGCCAAAUCUGCUGCUGGACCCCAGACUGUCCACCCCAAACCCAGGACCACUGACCUGUCCUGACCCCCUGACCUGUCCCAACCCCUGAACUUUGACCUCCGACCUGGCAGGUCCUCCCAUGUAGCUGUCAUGUGGUACCUCACCACGCGCAGCAGACGGAAAACACAGCACAGCAACGCCUUCCUGGUGACCUCUGACCUUUGACCCGGGAGCUGGCCAGUGGUGAACCCUGCAGCGUCUCCUGCUGUACCUGCCUAGCUCCGACACAGCCCCCCCCCCCCGACCCCUGCCCCCCACCCACCCGCCCCAAACGCCCUCGCCUCAAUCCAGCAGGACAAGAGGCUUGUUCACCAAUGUCUACCUCACGGUUAAAAAAACCCUCUCCACCACGGCAACCCUGAACAGCCCACAACAUGACCUCUAGCAUAGACCGGGAUGACGGCAGUAUCUUUGAUGGAUUAAUGGAAGAAGAUGAAAAAGACAAAGCUAAACGCGUGUCCCGGAACAAGUCUGAGAAGAAGAGGAGAGACCAGUUCAAUGUUCUCAUUAAGGAGCUGGGCACCAUGUUGCCUGGCAACACACGCAAGAUGGACAAGUCCACCAUCCUGCAGAAGAGCAUUGACUUCCUGCGUAAGCAUAAAGAAAUCGCUGCUCAGUCGGAGUCCAGUGAGAUCCACCAGGACUGGAAACCCACUUUCCUCAGUAAUGAAGAGUUCACUCAGCUGAUGCUGGAGGCUCUGGAUGGCUUCUUCCUGGCCAUCAUGACAGAUGGAAACAUCAUCUAUGUUUCUGAAAGUGUCACCUCGCUGCUAGAACACCUACCUUCUGACCUGGUGGAUCAGAACCUGCUGAACUUCCUCCCUGCGGGGGAGCACUCAGAUGUGUACAAGGCCCUGUCCUCCCACGUCCUGGAGGGAGAGCCGCUCACCCCAGAGUACAUGAAGACUAAAAACCAGCUGGAGUUCUGUUGCCACAUGCUCCGAGGAACUAUCAACCCCAAAGAGCCUCCCGUGUACGAGUACGUCAAAUUCAUUGGGAACUUCAAAUCCCUGAAUAAUGUGCCUAAUUCUACUCUGAACGGUUUCGACGGAGUCAUCCAGCGAUCCCUCCACUCGUCGUUUGGGGACCGAGUGUGUUUUAUAGCAACUGUGAGAUUAGCCAAACCCCAGUUCAUCAAGGAGAUGUGCACGGUGGACGAGCCGAACGAGGAGUUCACCUCCAGGCACAGCUUGGAGUGGAAGUUUCUCUUCCUGGACCACAGGGCUCCUCCCAUCAUAGGCUACCUGCCGUUCGAGGUGCUGGGGACCUCGGGGUACGACUACUACCACGUGGACGACCUGGAGACGCUGGCCAAGUGUCACGAGCAGUUACUGCAGUACGGAAAGGGGAAGUCGUGCUACUACAGGUUUCUCACCAAGGGCCAGCAGUGGAUCUGGCUGCAGACGCACUACUACAUCACCUACCACCAGUGGAACUCCCGGCCCGAGUUCAUCGUCUGCACACACACGGUGGUGAGCUACGCCGAGGUGAGGGUCGAGCAGCGCAGGGAGCUGGGGAUCGAGGAGGCCCUGCCGGAGAUCUCUGCAGAGAAGGGUCGGGACUCGGGCUCCGAGUCCCAGCUGAACACGUGCGGUCUGAAGGAGGCGCUGGAACGCUUCGACCGCAGCCGCACGCCUUCCGCCUCCUCGCACAGCUCCCUCAAGUCCUCCUCCCGCACCGCCGUGUCCGACCCUGGCUCGUCUCAGACCAAGGUGCAGACAGACAGAACUGCUCCCGCACGCCAGCCCGCCAUCGAGAGAACAUCGCAGCGAAGGUCGUCUAUCAGCAGCCAGCAGUCUAUGAGCUCCCAAAACACCGGGCAGAACACGGCAACGUCCCUGGUGUCGCAGCAGCAGCAACAACAGCCACAACAACAACAACAGCAGCAGCAGCAGCAACAACAACAACAACAACAGAUUCAGCCAAGUAUCCAGCCCAUGCUGCAGUUCUCCAGCCAGAUGGACGCCAUGCAGCACCUGAAGGAGCAGCUGGAGCAGAGGACUCGCAUGAUCGAGGCCAACAUCCAGCGGCAGCAGCAGGAGCUGCAGCAGAUCCAGGACGAGCUCCAGAAGGUCCACGGGCAGGGCCUGCAGAUGUUCCUGCAGCCUGGUGCGGUGCAGCUGGCGCAGGGGGCCUCCGUGCCUCCGGGGGGCGCUGUCGCCAUGCAGGGCCAGGUGGUGGCAGGCCUUCAGAGCACACAGCAGCCUGCCCAGGCACAGGGCCUGCUACGAGAGCAGAGCUCAGCCCUCACACAGAGGUCGUCCCUUCCCCUGCAGGCCCAGCAGGGGGUUCUGCCUGCGUCUCUCUACAACACCAUGAUGAUCUCUCAGCCCGGCCAGCCCGGCAUGGUCCAGAUUGCCAGCAGCCUGGCCCAGAACUCCGGCCCCAACGCCGCUGCCAUGGCAACCUUCGCUCAGGACCGCUCUGGGCAGAUCCGGUUCCCUGCUGGAUCACAGCUCCUGACUAAGCUGGUGGCCGGGCCAAUGGGGUGUGGAGCGGUUAUGGUUCCGACCACCAUGUUCAUGGGUCAGGUGGUGACUGCAUUUGCGCCACAGGGAGGCCAGACACAGACCAUCAGCAUUGCCCAGCAGCAACCCCAGGACCAGGGGCAGAACCAGGGGCAACAGCAGACGCAGAACCAGGGGCAAACGCAGGGGCAACAGACUCCAGGUGUGCAGCAAGGCCAGGCCCAGCUUCCCCAACAGCAGCCCCAGUUCAUCCAGGCUCCUCGUCUGCUGCAUGGGAGCCAGCCCACCCAGCUGAUCCUGCAGGCAGCGUUCCCUCUGCCCCAGCCCGGGGCCUUCAGCACUGUGGCCCAGCAGCAGCAGCAGCUCCAGCAGCAGCAGCUCCAGCAGCAGCAGCAACAACAGCUCCAACAGCAGCAGCAGCAACAUCAGCAGCAGCAGCAACAGCUCCAACAACAACAACAAAUUCAACAACAACAACUACAUCAACUUCAGCAACAACAACAGCAGCAGCAGCAGCAGCAGCAGCAACAGCAACAACAGCUAUCCUCUCACAGGGCAGACAGCAUGCCCGACCGCUCUAGCACGCAGCCUCAGUAACUGGGCAACCACCAAACACACAUGGACUCCAUGGUAUGUGUGGUGGAGUCUGGUAGAACUGGAGGAACCAGAUUUGAGUCGGAGAUACCGGGGUCCAGGUGUGAGACGGAGACUCCAGAGACACACACCUGAAGAGACACCACCCCCAGAGAGAGGUGUCCAGGCCAGAGACUCGCCCAAGUCCAGGCCAUGGCUCCUGACUCCCACAGGAGACUCUCUCCUUGAUACAGAUUCUUGGCCCCGACCGCCACUACUGGUGUCUGGGGUCAUCUCAGUGCUUCAGUGUCGGGUUCCUCAGAGGUCAAACUCUCCAGCUGACAUCCUGUUGUUGUCAUAACGAUUUAUGGGUCCGAAAAGAAUUUUAGAAAAAGUGGAUUGAGCUGUGAUUGUACACAUAUGUAAAAUAAUAUGUAAAUAUACUAUAUGGACAAAAAGAAAGAGAACUAAUAUUUUAUAUGAUGCUGCAUGAAAUUAAAUGUGUGCUGUUAUUUGUAGCGUUGGAUAUGCUGUUUUCUAACGGGAGCAGAGAGGUUUGGACUGUGCAGCAGAGCGACAGCUGCAGUCUGUGUCACAGUUUGUUUAAUACUCACUCUGUCUGCAACUCUACUGAAACUUAUCGAUCUACAUCAUCGUUACAGACAUGUUUUAGACAUGUAAUAUUUUUAUACACAGUGUAGUGUUUUGUAGGUCAGUACAUACAGCUCUUAAUACCGAAAAGACUGAGAUUAUUCUUUUACCUCCAGGGUUGUUACGAUGGCGAUAGUCCAGGAUGUUACCCAAGUGACACUCCAGGAUGUUACCAUGGCAAUACUCCAGGGGCAUAACGCCAUACAUUUCCUGUCCUAAAGAUGCCAUAUUUUGCUAUAGGAAUAACCUCAGAUUUUUUAUGCAUUCUAUCAUGUUUUAAACGGUCACAGUUGAUCUCUUAACAUAUUUAUGUCACUGUUGCGGUGCAGGAUCACAAGUUUGCACGGUAACAACUUCUGGGUUGACGACCUCAUGUUGCAGUAUCUCAAGUUCACAAUGCAGGAACCCCCCCACACCCUCUGGUGGCUGUAGUACAGACACAACUCAGAUCUUGCAGUUCCCAAACACGUUUUAACGCAGUUGUAGAUGUGCUAGUUGUGAAGGCUGGUCGAGGACCGGAGUGGUCUUCACCUCAGCAGGACUGGCAGUGUGAGGCUGAGUAGGAGACACGCGAGGCUGGUCUCUCCCGAGAGACAAGGACCAUUCAUGCAGAGAGAGACCAGUCAGACAGCCUGCCCUAUGCAGGUCCUGGGGUACAGGGUGAGGCAGUGCAGUCCUUGAAUGAAUGUAAUUCAAUAUCACUGACACAACUCGUUUGCACGAAGACAAAAGCGUGAAGGACGGGGGGGGGGGGGGGGUGAUCAAGAGACAGACAAGGAUUUUAAGCGACACGUACACCUGGACGUGUGUGAAUAAAAUCAUGUUCGUGUCAAACUGUCAUUCCCCUGCCUUUUGCGACAGGAAACACCAACAGAGCUUUUAAACAAAUUGACACACAUGGACUGUGCAGGCUGUUGCUUGGAGACGGGACUGCAAAACUGAAAGCGUUUUUAUUUAAUUGGAUUUUACUGUCGUCGACAUGUUUGUUACAAGGGCCCAAUAAAUAUGAACUAUCUUCAA